AUGGCUAUCGAAGUUAAUGAAAAAUUCCCAACCAACGUUAACCCAAAAUAUAUCCCAUAUUCAAAAGCUAAUGAUCAUAUCACUGCUUGUGCUAAUCCAAUUGAUUUAAAUUUAGCUAAGGAAUUCGCCGGUAAAACCGUGGUUGUAACUGCUGCUCCAGGUGCUUUCACUCCAACUUGUACUGAACAACAUAUCCCAGAUUAUUUAAAACAUUUACAAGAUUUCAAAGAUAAAGGAGUUGAUAAAAUUAUUAUUUUAACUGCUAAUGAUCCAUUUGUUUUAGCUGCUUGGGGUAAAGCUUUAGGUUAUAAAGAUGAAGAAAACUAUGUUGUAUUUGCUACUGAUCCAUUAGCCAAGAUUUCAAAAGAAUUAGGUGAAUCUUAUGUUGAAGAUUUAUCAAGUGCUGGGUUUGGUAUUAGAACUGCUAGAUAUGCUGGUUUAGUAGUUGAUGGUACUAUUAAAUUCUUAGAAAAUGAAGAAAGUUUAGGAUUUACUGAUAUUUCAAGUGCCAGUAACAUCUUAGAAAAAAUCUAA